AAGUUAGAAAGGGUGACAUUGGUGGAUUUGCCUGCAUUGAAGAGCAUCUACAGUGGCUCUACUACUGUCUUGAUCUGUGAUUCGCUCAAAAGGAUUGAAAUUGAGCAUUGCAAAGAAAUAGAGAGUGUUUUUUGGACGGGGUUUAACCCACUUUCAACCCUUAAGCAUCUGAAGCUACGGAACUUAAUUAAUCUGAAAUCCGUGUUUGAUGAAGAAGUUCUUGGUUUAUCGGCCCGUCCCACCAACUUUAAAACAAUUUAUGUGGCUGACUGCCAUAAGUUAAAGACAGUAUUCUCAUCUGGAUGGUUGCUUGGCUACUUCCAAUCUCUAGAGACUAUUCAAGUUUAUUCCUGUCACCAAAUGGAGGAGCUGAUAUCAUCAUCGACCUAUGAAGAAAAAGAAGUUCUAGAAGAAAUCACUUUACCCAAGCUCCAAAGGUUACAAUUAUCUCGAUUGCCUGAAUUAAAGAGCAUCUGUAGCAGUUCAAGUGUGUUGAUUUGUGAUUCCAUGAACGGUCUGCUGAUUCGCGGCUGUAAAAAGCUAAAGAGGAUUCCUCUGCGUCUUUCCUCACUUGACAAUGGCCAGCCUUCUUCCCUCAAAGAAAUUGACGUAGACACAAAAAAACACUGGGAAUCAUUGGAAUGGGACCAAUCCAAUGCAAAGGAUGUCCUUUUUACCUUCUGUAAAUUUCACCGUGACAGCAACAAUGACAUUGAUGAAGAAGAAAAAAGAAAUGUAUGGUGAUGACAACGAUGAUGAUGAAGAAGAAGAAGAAGCAGAAAUGUCUGAUGACGACAACAAUGAUGAUGAAGAAGAAUCUCUUGGGAUGGGCUAAGAAGCAAAGGAGUGCAGGCUCUUUGGUGAUUGGGCGAUGCAAAUCAAAGCUGGAGCUGGACUCUGUUACCACAAGAAAGCUGGAGGGAAUCACAUUUGCUUCCUCUUGUUAUUGUUGUUGGGUUUUCAAUUUAAUAUAGAUACACUCGUUUUUUGUUUUUUCUUUUUCUUCCCUUUUUUAUUUUUUUGUGUUGUGUUUAGAUAUGUCAAAUUCUAAGUGGAACUGUUUAUUUCUUAUUUGUAUAAUUUUUUCUUUUAAACCUGUGUAAGGAUCUCUUAUUUCCUUUGGUAUUUCUUUUGUUGCAUCUGCAUCUUUGCUUUUCUUGUAAUAAGCUUAUUUGGCUGAA